AUGCGGCCGCUGCCGGCGCCCCUGCUCUGCCUGGCGCUGCUGCCCGCGCUGGCCGCGAGAGGCCCGAGAUGCUCCCAGCCCGGGGAGAGCUGCAUGAAUGGUGGCAGGUGUGAAGUGGCCAACGGCACGGAGGCCUGUGUCUGCAGCGGGGCCUUCGUGGGCCCGCGGUGCCAGGACCCCAGCCCGUGCCUCAGCAGCCCCUGCCGGAACACGGGGACGUGCCACGUGGUGGACCGCGGCGGCACCGUGGACUACGCCUGCAGCUGCCCCCUGGGCUUCUCCGGACCCCUGUGCCUGACGCCCCUUGACCAUGCCUGUGUCACCAACCCCUGCCGCAACGGGGGCACCUGCGACCUGGUCACGCUGUCCGAGUUCAAGUGCCGCUGCCCGCCGGGCUGGUCAGGGAAGUCGUGCCAGCAGGCAGACCCGUGUGCCUCCAACCCCUGUGCCAAUGGCGGCCAGUGCCUGCCCUUCGAGUCCUCGUACAUCUGCGGCUGCCUGCCCGGCUUCCACGGCCCCACCUGUAGGCAGGACGUGAACGAGUGCGCCAGCAACCCCGGGCUGUGCCGCCACGGGGGCACGUGCCACAACGAGGUGGGCUCCUACCGCUGCGCCUGCCGCGCCACCCACACCGGCCCCCACUGCGAGCUGCCCUUCGUGCCCUGCAGCCCCUCGCCCUGCCAGAACGGGGGCACCUGCCGCCCCACGGGGGACACCACGCAUGAGUGCGCCUGCCUGCCAGGCUUCACCGGGCAGAACUGCGAGGAGAACGUCGACGACUGCCCCGCCAACAACUGCAAGAACGGGGGCGCCUGCGUGGACGGCGUGAACACCUACAACUGCCGCUGCCCGCCGGAGUGGACAGGCCAGUACUGCACGGAGGACGUGGACGAGUGCCAGCUCAUGCCCAACGCCUGCCAGAACGGCGGCACCUGCCACAACAGCCACGGCGGCUACAGCUGCGUGUGCGUCAACGGCUGGACCGGCGAGGACUGCAGCGAGAACAUCGACGACUGCGCCAGCGCCGCUUGCUUCCACGGCGCCACGUGCCACGACCGCGUGGCUUCCUUCUACUGCGAGUGUCCGCACGGCCGCACGGGCCUGCUGUGCCACCUCAAUGACGCGUGUAUCAGCAACCCCUGCAACGAGGGCUCCAACUGCGACACGAACCCCGUGAACGGCAAGGCCAUCUGCACCUGCCCCUCGGGCUACACGGGGCCGGCCUGCAGCCAGGACGUGGACGAGUGCGCCCUGGGUGCCAACCCCUGCGAGCACGCGGGCAAGUGCCUGAACACCCUGGGGUCCUUCGAGUGCCAGUGCCUGCAGGGCUACACGGGCCCGCGCUGCGAGAUGGACGUGAACGAGUGCGUCUCCAGCCCCUGCCAGAACGACGCCACCUGCCUGGACCAGAUCGGGGAGUUCCAGUGCAUCUGCAUGCCGGGCUAUGAGGGCGUGCACUGCGAGGUGAACACGGACGAGUGUGCCAGCAGCCCCUGCCUGCACAACGGCCGCUGUCUGGACAAGACCAACGACUUCCUGUGCGAGUGUCCCACCGGCUUCAGCGGGCACCUGUGCCAGUACGACGUGGACGAGUGCGCUAGCACGCCCUGCGAGAACGGCGCCAAGUGCCUGGACGGGCCCAACACCUACACCUGCGUGUGCGCCGAAGGCUACACGGGGACGCACUGCGAGGUGGACAUUGACGAGUGCGUCCCUGACCCCUGUCACUACGGCUCCUGCAAGGACGGCGUCGCCACCUUCACCUGCGUCUGCCGGCCCGGCUACACCGGCCACCACUGUGAGACCAACAUCAACGAGUGCUACAGCCAGCCCUGCCGCCACGGGGCCACCUGCCAGGACCGUGACAACGCCUACCUCUGCCUCUGCCUCAAGGGGACCACAGGCCCCAACUGCGAGAUCAACCUGGACGACUGUGCCAGCAACCCCUGCGACUCCGGCACCUGUCUGGACAAGAUUGACGGCUACGAGUGUGCGUGCGAGCCGGGCUAUACAGGCAGCCUGUGCAACGUGGACAUUGACGAGUGUGCCGGCGGCCCGUGCCACAACGGGGGCACCUGUGAGGACGGCGUCAACAGCUUCAGCUGCCGCUGCCCCGAGGGCUACCACGGGCCCACGUGCCUGUCCGAGGUCAACGAGUGCAGCAGUGACCCCUGCGUCCACGGGGUCUGCAGGGACGGCCUCAACGGGUACACGUGCGACUGUGCCCCCGGCUGGGGUGGCACGAACUGCGACGCCAACAACAACGAGUGCGAGUCCAACCCCUGUGUCAACGGUGGCAGCUGCCGCGACAUGACGGGCGGCUACGUGUGCACCUGCCGCGAAGGCUUCAGCGGCUCCAACUGCCAGACCAACAUCAACGAGUGUGCGUCCAACCCUUGUCUGAACCAGGGCACCUGCAUGGACGACGUGGCCGGGUACAAGUGCAACUGCCUGCUGCCCUACACAGGAGCCACGUGCGAGGCGAUCCUGGCCCCCUGUGCCCCCGGCCCCUGUAGAAAUGGCGGCGAGUGCCAGGAAUCCGAGGACUACGAGAGCUUUUCCUGCGUCUGCCCCCCGGGCUGGCAGGGGCAGACCUGCGAGAUCGACAUCAACGAGUGUGUCAAGAGCCCGUGCCGCCACGGCGCCUCCUGCCAGAACACCCACGGCGGCUACCACUGCCUGUGCCGGCCUGGCUACACAGGGCGCAGCUGCGAGACCGACAUCGACGACUGCUGGCCGAACCCGUGUCACAAUGGCGGCUCCUGCACGGACGGCGUGAACGCCGCCUUCUGCGACUGCCUGCCCGGCUUCCAGGGCGCCUUCUGCGAGGAGGACGUGAACGAGUGCGCCAGCAACCCCUGCCGCCACGGCGCCAACUGCACCGACUGCGUGAGCGGCUACACCUGCACCUGCCCGCCCGGCUUCAACGGGAUCCACUGCGAGAUCAACAUCCCGGACUGCACGGAGAGCUCCUGUUUCAACGGCGGCACCUGCGUGGACGGCAUUGACUCCUUCACCUGCCUGUGCCCGGCCGGCUUCACCGGCAGCUACUGCCAGCAUGACGUCAACGAGUGCGACUCGCGGCCCUGCCUGCACGGUGGCACCUGCCAGGACGGCUACGGCACCUACAAGUGCACCUGCCCCCAGGGCUACACCGGCCUCAACUGCCAGAGCCUCGUGCGCUGGUGCGAGUCCUCGCCCUGCAGGAACGGCGGCAGGUGCUGGCAGACCAGCACACGCUACCACUGCGAGUGCCACAGCGGCUGGACCGGCCUGCACUGCGACGUGCCCAGCGUGUCCUGCGAGGUGGCCGCGCACAAGCGAGGCAUCGACGUGGCCCAGCUGUGCCAGCACGGGGGCCUCUGCGUGGACGCGGGCGACACGCACCGCUGCCGCUGCCAGGCCGGCUACACGGGCAGCUACUGCGAGGACGAGGUGGACGAAUGCUCGCCCAACCCCUGCCAGAACGGCGCCACCUGCGUCGACUACCUGGGCGGUUACUCCUGCAAGUGCGCAGCUGGUUACCAUGGCACCAACUGCUCCCUGGAGGUCAACGAGUGUCUGUCCCAGCCCUGCCAGCACGGGGGCACCUGCAUCGACCUCACCAACACCUACAAGUGCUCCUGCCCCCGGGGCACCCAGGGCCUGCACUGCGAGAUCAACGUGGACGACUGCAGCCCCGCCCUGGACCCCACCACGCGGAGCCCCCGCUGCUUCAACAACGGCAGCUGCGUGGACCAGGUGGGCGGCUACAGCUGCCGCUGCCCGCCCGGCUUCGUGGGCGAGCGCUGCGAGGGCGACGUCAACGAGUGCCUGUCCGACCCCUGCGACGCCCGCGGCACCCAGAACUGCGUGCAGCGCGUCAACGGGUUCCACUGCGAGUGCCGCGCUGGCCACACCGGGCGCCGCUGCGAGUCCGUUAUCAACGGCUGCAAGAGCAGGCCCUGCAGGAACGGAGGCACCUGCGCCGUGGCCGCCAACACCGCCCGCGGCUUCAUCUGCAAGUGCCCGGCGGGUUUCGAGGGCGCCACGUGUGAGAACGACGCCCGCACCUGCGGCAGCCUGCACUGCCACAACGGCGGCACCUGCGUGUCGGGCCCGCGCGGGCCCACCUGCCUGUGCCUGAGCCCCUUCACCGGCCCCGAGUGCCAGUUCCCGGCCAGCAGCCCCUGCCUGGCCGGCAACCCUUGCUACAACCAGGGCAGCUGCGAGCCGGCCGAGAGCCCCUUCUACCGCUGCCUGUGCCCGGCCAAGUUCAACGGGCUCCGGUGCCACAUCCUGGACUACAGCUUCGGGGGCGGCGCGGGGCGCGACAUCCCCCCGCCGCAGGUCGAGGAGGCCUGCGAGCUGCCCGAGUGCCGCGAGGACGGCAACAAGGUGUGCAGCCUGGCGUGCAACAGCCACGCGUGCGGCUGGGACGGCGGCGACUGCUCGCUCAACUUCGACGACCCCUGGAAGAACUGCUCGCAGGCCCUGCAGUGCUGGAAGUACUUCAGCGACGGCCGCUGCGACAGCCAGUGCAGCUCCGCCGGCUGCCUCUUCGACGGCUUCGACUGCCAGCGCGCCGAGGGCCACUGCAACCCCCUGUACGAGCAGUACUGCCAGGACCACUUCAGCGACGGGCACUGCGACCAGGGCUGCAACAGCGCCGAGUGCGAGUGGGACGGGCUGGACUGCGCCGAACACGUGCCCGAGCGCCUGGCGGCCGGCACGCUGGUGGUCGUGGUGCUCCUGCCGCCCGAGCGCCUGCGCAACAGCUCCUUCCACUUCCUGCGGGAGCUCAGCCGCGUGCUGCACACCAACGUGGUCUUCAAGCGGGACGCCCAGGGCCGGCACAUGAUCUUCCCCUACUACGGCCGCGAGGAGGAGCUGCGCAAGCACCCGGUCAAGCGCGCCGCCGACGCCGACGGCUGGGCCGCGCCCGGCAGCCUGCUCGGACGCGUGCGGGCCUCGCUGCUGCCCGGCGCCGGGGGCGGGCGCCGCCGCAGGGAGCUGGACCCCAUGGACGUCCGCGGGUCCAUCGUCUACCUGGAGAUCGACAACCGGCAGUGCGUGCAGUCCUCCCUGCAGUGCUUCCAGAGCACCACGGACGUGGCCGCCUUCCUGGGCGCGCUGGCCUCGCUGGGCAGCCUCAGCAUCCCCUACAAGAUCGAGGCCGUGCAGAGUGAGACCGUGGAGCCGCCGCCGCCCUCGCAGCUGCACCUCAUGUACGUGGCCGCGGCCGGCUUCGUCUUGCUCUUCUUCCUCGGCUGCGGCGUGCUGCUCUCCCGAAAGCGGCGGCGGCAGCAUGGCCAGCUCUGGUUCCCCGAGGGCUUCAAGGUGUCGGAGGCCAGCAAGAAGAAGCGGCGCGAGCCACUCGGCGAGGACUCCGUGGGCCUCAAGCCGCUGAAGAACGCGUCGGACGGGGCCCUCAUGGACGACAGCCAGAACGAGUGGGGGGACGAGGACCUGGAGACCAAGAAGUUCCGGUUCGAGGAGCCGGUAGUGCUGCCCGACCCGGAUGACCAGACCGACCACCGGCAGUGGACCCAGCAGCACCUGGACGCCGCCGACCUGCGCAUGUCCGCCAUGGCCCCGACGCCGCCCCAGGGCGAGGUGGACGCCGACAGCAUGGACGUCAACGUGCGUGGCCCGGAUGGCUUCACGCCCCUCAUGAUCGCCUCCUGCAGUGGGGGGGGCCUGGAGACGGGGAAUAGCGAGGAGGAAGAGGACGCGCCGGCCGUGAUCUCUGACUUCAUCUACCAGGGCGCCAGCCUGCACAACCAGACGGACCGCACCGGGGAGACCGCCCUGCACCUGGCCGCCCGCUACUCCCGCUCUGACGCCGCCAAGCGCCUGCUGGAGGCCAGCGCCGACGCCAACAUCCAGGACAACAUGGGACGCACCCCGCUGCACGCGGCCGUGUCUGCCGACGCCCAGGGCGUCUUCCAGAUCCUGAUCCGGAACCGAGCCACAGACCUGGACGCCCGCAUGCAUGACGGCACCACGCCGCUGAUCCUGGCCGCCCGGCUGGCCGUGGAGGGCAUGCUGGAGGACCUCAUCAACUCCCACGCCGACGUCAACGCCGUGGACGACCUGGGCAAGUCGGCGCUGCACUGGGCGGCCGCCGUGAACAACGUGGAUGCCGCGGUGGUGCUAUUGAAGAACGGGGCCAACAAGGACAUGCAGAACCACAAGGAGGAGACGCCGCUGUUCCUGGCUGCCCGGGAAGGCAGCUACGAGACGGCCAAGGUGCUGCUCGACCACUUCGCCAACCGGGACAUCACUGACCACAUGGACCGGCUGCCGCGGGACAUCGCGCAGGAGCGCAUGCAUCAUGACAUCGUGCGGCUGCUGGACGAGUACAACCUGGUGCGCAGCCCCCCGCUGCACGGCCCCGCCCUGUCACCCACGCUCUGCUCGCCCGGCGGCUACCUGGGCAACCUCAAGCCCGCCGUGCCGGGCAAGAAGGCUCGCAAGCCCAGCACCAAAGGCUUGGCCUGCGGCGCCAAGGACGCCAAGGACCUCAAGGCGCGCAGGAAGAAGUCCCAGGACAGCAAGGGCUGCCUGCUGGACACCUCGAGCAUGCUGUCGCCCGUGGACUCCCUGGAGUCGCCCCACGGCUACCUGUCGGACGUGGCCUCGCCACCUCUGCUGCCUUCACCGUUCCAGCAGUCUCCGUCCGUGCCCCUCAACCACCUGCCGGGGAUGCCCGACGCCCACCUGGGCCUCGGCCACCUCAACGUGGCCGCCAAGCCCGAGAUGGCUGCGCUGGGGGCGGGCGGCCGGCUGGCCUUCGAGCCGGGGCCCCCGCGCCUGUCCCACCUGCCCGUGGCCGCCCCAGGCGCCGGUGGCAUCGGCGGGGCUGUGAAUUUCACGGUGGGCGGGGCGGCCGGCGUGAACGGCCAGUGCGAGUGGCUGUCCCGGCUGCAGAACGGCAUGGCACCGAACCAGUACAACCCGCUGCGAGGGGGCGUGGCCCCCGGCGGCCUGAGCACGCAGGCCCCCGCGCUGCAGCACGUCGGCAUCUCCGCCAACACCCUGUCCCAGAUGGUGGGCUACCAGGGCCUGCCCGGCACGCGGCUGGCCGCCCCGCCGCCCCUGGUGCAGACGCAGCCGCUGCAGCCGCAGAGCCUGCCGCCGGCACCGCAGGCGCACCUCGGCGGCGUGGGGUCGGCCGCCUCCGGCCACCUGGGCCGGGGUUUCCUGGGCGGGGAGCCGAGCCAGGCCGACGUGCAGCCGCUGGGCCCCAGCAGCCUGCCGGUGCACACCAUCCUGCCGCAGGAGGGCCAGGCCCUGCCCACCUCGCUGGCCCCGCCCAUGACGGCCGCGCAGUUUCUGACGCCGCCCUCCCAGCACAGCUACUCCUCCUCGCCCGUGGACAACACCCCCAGCCACCAGCUGCAGGUGCCCGAGCACCCCUUCCUCACGCCCUCGCCCGAGUCCCCCGACCAGUGGUCCAGCUCGUCCCCGCACUCCAACAUCUCGGACUGGUCCGACCGUGUGUCCAGCCCGCCCGGCGGCCUGCAGCCCGCGCUCGCCCACGUCCCCGAGGGCUUCAAGUAGCCGGCGGGACCGCAGCUUCCACGCCACAGCCCCGCCGGGCGCCGCCUGGGCCGACCAAAGGAGCCUUUUAACAAAGCGUUUUUAUACAAAACGAGAGGACAAAGAUUUUAAUUUCUUUUUCUAGUAUUUAUUUAUGGACUUUAUUUUACACGGAAACACUGCCUUUUUAUUUAUGUGUCCUGUCUUUGUGGCCCCAGGUAAACUCUGUCCCAAGGAGAGCGCGUCCUGAGGCGCGGGCCUCGCCUGUUAUGAACUACAAGGACUCGUGAUUUAUAAAUCCGUUUAUUUAUUGAGCUCUGUCUGUCUAGGAGACGGUGUUGGGGGAAGGGGGCUGGGCGUGCACGGCCCCCGCCCCGCCCCCGUGCCACCUGCCACGCACCAGCAGGUGUGUCUGCGGGUGACCCCGAGGAGGCACCGCCCCGCCUGUGGCGCGUGGAUUCAUUCACACCGGAGGAGGAGAACCGGUCAGAACGGGCGCCUGGUGCACGGUGGUGGCUUUUGGAAAGCGUGUUCUUGGGGCACAGAGCCCGCUCCCCGACGGCGCGGCUAUCUCCGGCUCUGCUGUGCCGGCAAGCUCUGGCUCCCCGGUCCGCCCCACCCCCUUCCUGACAGCUUGGCAUCGCGGCCCGGGAGACGCCGGACGUGUGGGACCCCGGUGCCCGCCUUGGGCACCCCCUGGGAGAAUCGUGCCCUUUGCUGGGGAAAGACAGUGCCUGGCCCUCCCCGUCGGAGGGCCCAGUGCUUCACCCUGGGCGGCAGAAGGUGGACAGACUGGUGGCGCAGCCCUGCGCGCGGGCACGGCCGCUGGGGGGAGGCUGGCCGGCACAGCCUACACCAGGUCCCUCCUGGCAGCCUGGUGCCCAGCCUCGGGCAUACUGGAGGGUCACUCGGAGCCUGCCCUGGCCUGGGGUGGGGGUGGGGGGCAGCGGACUCUUGUAACGUCGUGCGUGGGCCUGUGGCGCAGUAAAUGUUUGUAAAUACGUUGUUAAAGGUGGACUUUGUUUAAAAAUCUGAGUGAGCUGGUGCGCCCUGUGGUCCGGAUGUGGCUCCUGCUGUGCGGCCAGGGUGGCCCUGCGGCUGCCCAUCUGCUGGGGGGCACAGCGUGGGGGGCCGGGGAGGGGCGCCCACACUGUGCCGGCCUUCGGGGGCGUGGCCUGAGGUGUUGAUUCUUACUGUUUUAUAAAAUAGAGUGUAGUUUACAGAGAAACUUUUUUUAAAAAAGUUGUCUACGUGCAAAACUGUAGAUGAUGAUGUAUUUUUUUCAUCUUUUUUUGUUUAACUGAUUUGCAAUAAAACGAUGCUGACGA